CCUUCCUUUCCCCUCCUCCCCAUGUCCACACUGCCGCCACGUCACUGCACCGCCGCCGGGACAGCUUGCUUCCCCACUGCCUCGCGCCGCCUAGAGCUCGUCCUCCCCGCCGCCGCCGGCAGUCGCUCGCUCGCCCGCUCGCCAGGAACCCCAUCUCCCGCCGUUCUCCGCCGAGGAAAGCAGCAGGCAGCAGCAGCCAAAGCGGAACUGCGCGGGCCGAGGAAGGGGUAGGUGAGGGGGGAGAUGGCCGGCGCCGGGAGGAAGGUGGCGGUCGCCGCCGUGCAGUUCGCCUGCACCGACACGGUGGCCGACAACGUCGCCGCCGCCGAGAGGUUGAUUAGAGAAGCUCAUAAGAAAGGCGCAAACAUUGUCCUCAUUCAGGAGCUAUUUGAGGGGCACUAUUUCUGUCAAGCUCAAAGGAUGGAUUUCUUUGGGCGUGCCAAGCCUUAUAAAGAGAACCCGACUAUAAUGAGAAUGCAAAAACUUGCAAAGGAGUUGGAUGUUGUAAUACCUGUAAGUUUCUUUGAAGAAGCGGGCAAUGCUCAUUACAAUUCCGUGGCCAUUAUUGAUGCUGAUGGCACCGAUCUUGGCCUAUACCGCAAAUCACACAUUCCAGAUGGACCAGGUUAUCAAGAGAAAUUUUAUUUCAACCCGGGUGACACUGGAUUCAAGGCUUUCAAAACCAAGUAUGCAACAAUUGGUGUUGGAAUUUGCUGGGAUCAGUGGUUUCCAGAGACCGCAAGGGCUAUGGUGCUACAGGGGGCGGAAAUAUUGUUCUAUCCCACUGCUAUUGGUUCUGAACCCCAGGAUAUGAACCUGGAUUCCCGUGAACACUGGAAGCGUGUCAUGCAAGGCCACGCCGGCGCUAACUUGGUUCCUCUUGUUGCUUCUAACCGGAUAGGUAAGGAAACUGUUGAGACUGAGCAUGGCAACAGCACCAUAAAGUUCUAUGGGAACUCAUUCAUCGCAGGGCCAACUGGAGAAAUCGUGAAGCUUGCAAAUGACAAAGACGAGGAGGUGCUCGUCGCGGAGUUUGACUUGGACGAGAUCAAAUCUACGAGGCACGGCUGGGGUAUAUUCAGGGACAGGCGUCCUGAUCUAUACAAAGUGCUACUGACGUUGGAUGGCAAGACAUCAUCAUCCUAGGUUCCACUUUUAUGAAGAGGACAUGAGCUCCACAAUGCUCUAUCUUGGGAAAACACGGGGUCCACGAACCAAAUGGUAGAUCGUUUGUAAGUCUAGCUUCUCCCUGCAAAAAGAAUGAUUUGCCUCUGUGCAAGGUAUCCCUGUGUUUCCCCCGCAAAAAAAAAAGGUAUCCCUGUGUUUGCAACUUGGUGAUUUUCCGCCAAUAGAGCAUUAAUAAAAUACUGUCAUGUAAGAGAAUAUUUGUUCCUACAGUUAUGGACAUGAGGGAUCAAAGCAAUAUAAUAAUGAUGCAUAGCAUUUGUUGGAACA